AUGGCACCCACCAUGAAAGCAGCCCGCUACUACGGCAAAGAAGACAUCCAGAUCAAAGACGAUAUCCCCAUUCCAGAAUGCGGCGAGGGGCAGGUCAUGAUCGAGCCUGCCUUUGUUGGAAUCUGCGGAACAGAUCUCCAUGAAUACCUAGGAGGACCCAACUUCUCUCCCCAGUCCCCCCACCCCGUAACCAAAGAAUCCAUCCCCAUAACAAUCGGCCACGAAUUCUCCGGCACAGUCAAGAAAAUCGGCGCAGGCGUGACGGGCCUCAAAGAAGGGCAAAAAGUCGCAGUCCAACCCACAAUCUACUGCGGCCACUGCGGCGCCUGCAAAGUCAACGCCGAAAACGCCUGCCCCAACGGCGGCUUCGUCGGUCUCUCUGGCGGCGGAGGUGGAAUGUCCGAAGCAGUCGUGCUCCCCAGCGAAGCCAUCUUCCCACUCCCCUCGAACGUCGACCUCGACAUUGGAGCGUUGGUCGAGCCUUUAGCCGUAGCAUGGCACGCCGUAGACGCCAGCCCGAUCGCGCAGCUAAAGGACGCGAAGUGCCUGGUAAUAGGAGGGGGACCAAUCGGGCUGGCGGUCGUGCAAGUUCUCCUAGGUCGCGGGGCGCACACCGUGAUUUGUGCAGAAGUUGCGAAGAAGAGGCAAGACUUUGCGAAAGAGUUUGGCGCGCACCAUGUGCUUGAUCCUUCCAAGCAGGACGUGCAGUCGACGUGUCUGGAACUUUGUGGAGGGUUGAAUGGGCCGGAUAUUGUAUUUGAUUGUGCCGGGGUUCCGAAGAGUCUGCAGACGGCUUGUGAGAGUGUGAGGAGUAGGGGCACGGUGGUGAAUGUGGCGAUUUGGGAGAAGGAGGUCCCGUUCAAUCCGAAUUGGCUUGUGUUCCGCGAGGCGUCAUAUAAAGCCGUGCUUGGGUAUCAGAAGAAGGAUUUCCAGGGCGUCGUGGACGCGCUCGGGGCUGGAAAGUUGAAGCCGCAUAGUAUGAUCACUAGCAAGAUCAAGAUGGAUCGACUGGUGGAUGAUGGGUAUCUGGCGUUGAUCAACGAGAAGGACAAGCAUGUCAAGAUCCUCGUUGAUGUGCAAGGAUCACUACGUUGA